AUGGACGGUGGAGAUUUGUUUGAUCUAACGGCGGAGAACUCGACUAGGGCUCUUGGGAUGCUCGAGGAAUGCUCCGUGCGCGCGCCUGGAAUUCCCAGCAAGGACACCGGGGCUAGGCGCGGCGCUUACCUGGCGGCUCUCAAGGUAUGCGGCGGCGCCAGAGAUCUAGAGCGCGGCAGGAGAAUCCAUGGCGAGAUUAUCCGCGCCUCCACUCCCGAUUGCUUCGUCUCCACCGCGCUCGUCGACAUGUACUGCAAAUGCGGCAGCUUGGUGGAGGCCCGGGCCGUCUUCGAGGCAAUCCCAGCGCCGGAGAGAUCGGUGGUGUCCUGGAACUGCAUCGUCAUGGGCUACGCGGAGUGCGCUCGCGGCGAUCUGGCCCUGGAUCUCUACGCGAGAAUGGACUGCGCUCCCAAUCGCGUCACGUUUCUUGCUCUCCUCAAGGCCUGCGUGAGCCUGUCCCAGCGUGAAGAUCUCAAGCUCGUCGCCGGAGCCAUGAUCAAGCCCGAGAGCUUGCGACUUGGGCGAUGGAUCCACUCGCGAGCUGCGAGAAGCGGCCACGACCGCCACCUCCAGGUCUCCAACACGAUCAUCGACAUGUACUCCAAGCUCGGCUGCUCGAUCGACGCUCACAGGCUCCUCGACGCCAUGCCCCGGCCUAGCGUCGUGUCUUGGAACUGCCUCCUCUUGGGAUACGCCGAGAAUGGCCGCGAAAGCUUCGCUCUCGAGCUCUUCUCCCGGAUGGAAGACGAAGGCUACGAUCCAGACACUGUGACGUUCGUUGCCGCCUUGAAAGCCUGCGCGAGCCUCGCCGAUCGAAGCACCACCAAGCUUCGUUUGCUGGAGAAGGGACGAUCCAUCCACUCUCGAGCUCUGCAAGCUUUCCAUGGAAAGGAGCUCCACAUCUUCCUCUCGAGCACGCUGGUGGACAUGUACGCCAAGUGUGGGAGCUUGGACGAAGCUUGCCGGGUCUUCAAGAGCAUGAGGCACCGCAGCGUCGUGACGUGGAACUGUAUCAUCACGGCCUACGCGCAGAGCGGCCACGGCGAGCUCGCGUUGCAACACUUCCAGAAGAUGGUUGACGAAGGUGGUCUCGAGCCGGAUGCGAUCACUCUGAUGGCGGCUCUCAAGGCUUGCGGGAGCAUCGCUGAGAGAGAAGAACCGCAGAUCGUCGAAGGAAAGCUCGUCAAGCCCGUGUCACUCGAGAGAGGCCGAGCUCUUCACCGUCGAGUUGCCAGCUCCGGAUCACAGCACCACAGCUUCGUCGCCAGCAGUCUCCUGGAUAUGUACUCCAAAUGCGGGAGCAUGGAGGACGCUCGAGAGAUCUUCGAGCAUAUGGAAAGCAGGGACCUGGUGUGCUGGACGUCGAUGAUUCUGGGCUAUGCCGAGAGCGGCCAGGGCGAGCUUGCGCUCAAACUUUACGCCGAGAUGAAAGCCAGCGGCCUGGAAGCUGACGACGUGACUUUCGUGGCGGCUCUCAAGGCGUGUGGAAGCCUGGGAGCUCUGGCAGCCGGGAAGAACGUCGAGGCCGAGAUCUGCAACGCUGGAGUGGAGAGCCAUCUGGUGGUGGCGAAUGCUCUCGUCGAUUUCUACGGCAAGUGUGGCAGCAUGGCGGAAGCUCGAGAGAUGUUUGAGUCGCUGAGCAGCAUCCGCAGGGUCGACGUGAUAACUUGGAACUCGUUGAUCGACGGGUACAGUCGCCAAGGCAGCCACCAGCAAGUCUUUGAUCUCCUGGACGAGAUGGUGGCGCAAAACUUUCGGCCCAACGAGAUCACGAUGCUGUCGGUUCUCGCGGUUUGCAGCCACAGCGGUCUGGUGGAUCGAGGCCGGGAGUUCCUCGAGACGAUGGAGGCGAAGUUUCGAGUGUCGCCAGGGGUGAAGCACUACAGCUGCGUCGUGGGUCUGCUGGGACGAGCGAAUCGAUUCGAUGAGGCGCUAAAGGUGGUGAGAAGCAUGCCUUGUGAUCCCGGCAGCUCCCUGUGGCUGACGCUGCUGGGAGCGUCGUGGAAGUGGAACGAUCUGAGCGUUGGAGAGCUGGCAUUUGAUAAGCUCCGGGAAGAGAACAGCGCUGCCGCUUUCGUUCUUAUAUCGCUUACCUGGCUAGCGAACGACGGAUGUGCUACUCGCCCAGAGGAUCAAAGCGCAGAUGAAGAGGACGAGUGGGAUCAAAUGGAUGGCGCUCUCGGGCUUGAGGAAUUUGGAGGCCGGCCUCUUGUUGUCGUGGAGGAGCUGCUGCUCGGCGUCGUCGGUGUCGCUGCCGCCACUGCCGCCACUGCCGCCAUUGCUGCUGUGAUGGAGGGGAUUAUCGGACGGGAGAUCGAUGGCCACCAUGCUGAUGCUUCUGGGAAUGACGCCGUUCGCCGCUCGCGUCGGGGAUGUGUGGAGAUAGACGGCAUUCGUUGCGUAGCUAGCUUCUAG